UAAAAAUAUAGGUUAGAUUGUUGAAGUUGUGGUUAUUGUUUGAAAUAAAAUUAGUAUAAAUUUUAGGUAAAAUAUGGAUGAUUUUGAUUUACCGGAAGAGUUCCAAGAAGUAGAAGUCAUUUAUUCGGACGGGGAAGACGAUGAAGAUUCUAUUGAACACAUGUUAGAUGAAAUCACCAUAGACGAUGAAAUAGAAACUGAGAUAAUAGAUUUAUCUGCAUCGACUUUUAAAAAGCAUUCAAAUGCUGUUUUCAGUUCAGAUUUAUCUAAAGACGAUAAAAUAGCGGUAACGGGAGGUGAAGAUGAUGUAGGUUAUGUUUGGAAUUUGGAAACCUGCGAAGUUAUUUUCGAAUGUUCUGGUCAUAAAGAUUCCGUAAUCGAAGUGUGUUUUAAUUUUGAUAAUAAUUUCGUGGCAACCGCUGAUAUGUCUGGUUUGGUGCAAGUUUGGAGCGUUAGUGAAAAAAAACUUACGUGGUGUAAUGAAGGGGACGAUAUAGAAUGGUUAACUUGGCAUCCGGCAGCGAAUGUUUUAUUCUGUGGUUGUCAUUUUGGUGAUAUAUACGUAUGGCAAAUACCUCGGGGGAAUUGUAAAGUGUUGGCUGCUAAAACUCGUUUUUCCACUACUUGCGGGCAAGUUUUACCCAACGGAAAGCAACUUUUAGCAGGUUAUGACGAUGGACAUAUCAGGUUAUGGGAUAUUAAACAAUGUAGCGUCCAAUGGAGUAAUGAUCAGUCAAAAACUGUGACAAAUUUAGAUAUCAACAGUGAAGGAACUUUAGUUAUCAUUUCUCCAGAUUCAAGAUUGAUUAAAUUAUCGGAUGGUAAAACAAUAUCUGUUUUGUUACCUGACGGAGAAUCCGAGAUAGAAACCGCGAUAUUCAAUUCUAAAUUAGGGAUACUCGCUACUGGGUCGAUAUCGGGACAGUUGUGUGUUUGGGAGAUCGGAAGACAAACUUUGAGACAUCAAGCAAGGAUAGAAUGUGCUGUAACGGUGAUGAAAUGGGGACCUGAUGGUAAAAUAUUCAUUGGGGCCACGGACGGAGCCGUUUAUAUGUGCGAUGUCAAAACGGGAACUUUAUUGGAAACUUUGACUGGACAUAAAUCAGAUAUUCUCAGUAUAUCUGUUUUUAAACUUACUAACAAGAUUUUGACCACAUCAGAAGACGGUACUGCAAAAAUUUUUGCAUUUAAAGUUUGAAAAAAUUGAUAUUUUGUGAUUGUAUUAAAAUUCGUAUAUUUUUAUGUAUCAUACUUUUGGUAAUUAAAUAUUGA